CGCGGUCGUCGUGACGGGAGGGCGCCUGCAGGACCGUCGAGCGGAAGUCUUUAGGGUGGUCCAUCGUGGCGGGAUGCGGCGAUGGCGUCGUUGUCGCAGGACCCUGCUCGGCUUGUACGUGGAUGGCGCUCGUAGCAAGACGAUGCAGUGGGGGGAGGGGGUUAGGUUAGAAGGAGGGAAGAAAGGAGAGGGAAGGGGAAGGGAAGGGGAAGGGGAAGAGGGGAUUGAUGACUACAGCGAGGAUCGCGGACCCAUGUGCAGAGCAGAAUGGGUGGUGGACAAUCGAGGGGAGGUGAUUGGGUUACGCGUUGGGGGUUUCGCCAGGAGUGAAGCAAGUGAGGCGGAUCGCGAAAAAAGGACGUGGAGUCGGAAGUUGGCGUCGUGGGGAGGUGCAGGGGGGUGUGAAUCAAGAAUUGGUGGUACCGUGGUAUGGGGUUCGGUGGGAAAUGGUGAUGGCGGUGGACGGUGAUGCUAUUCGCGGUGUUGGCGGCAAUGUUGAAAUGAGCGGGUCGACCGAGGAACCGAAGAAUCGGUGGGAGGAGUGGGUGGCGAUGAUGGAUUUGUGUGUCGGAUCGAGAGUUCUGGUGGUAUGGAGUGCGAAAGUCGGAGCUAAAGUCGGGGGGAACGUGGAUGAGGAUGGGGUGGAGGAUGACCUGUCCCUCUGACACGAG